AUGAGAUUAUCCAGCACCCUCUCCAGCCGCAUCUUGAAACCUUCCAUCGAUGGGGACGCUACCACGUCCCUGGGGACGUUGUUCCGGAAGGACACGUCCGACUGGUCGGAAUCAACUAAUGGAUCUUUGCAAAUGGAUGCUCUCUCCUUGGAGUCCGCCAGCAAGGAAGCCUAUUUCAGCAGAGUAGAAACAUUCACCCCGCUGAAGUGGGCGGGCAAACCCCACGAGCUGUCUCCCCUGGUUUGUGCCAAGUACGGCUGGACCAACGUGGAGUGCGACAUGCUGAAGUGCUCCAGCUGCCAGGCCUUCCUCUGCGUCAGCCUGCAGCUCGCGUUUGACUUCAACAAGUAUAAGGAGCGCUGCGUGGAGCUGAAGAAGGCCUUGUGCACCGCUCACGAGAAGUUCUGCUUCUGGCCGGACAGCCCCUGCCCAGAUCGCUUUGCCAUGUUGCUGGUGGAUGAGCCCAGAGCCCUUCUCCAGGAUUUCCUGGAUCGCUUUCAGAGCCUGUGUCAGCUGGAGCUGCAGCUGCCCUCCCUCAGACCAGAAGACAUGAAAAACAUGUCCCUGACAGAGGAGAAGAUCAGUCUGCUCCUCCAGCUGAUCGGGGAGGAACUAGAGCACAAAACGGAGGGAGAGAAACCACCGAUGAAGUUUUCCACAGAAAUCCUGCAAGUGCAUGUUCCUGCCUGCAUCCUGGCUCUGUGCGGCUGGACUUGCAGCGCUGCGUCCGGCUCCGUGCACCUCUCGGUGAUCACCUGCUCCCACUGCAUGAGGAAGGUGGGACUGUGGGGCUUUCAUCAGCUGGAGUCUACGGGGCCGGAGCUGGACUCCUGCGGCCCGAGCAGCACACCACCGGCACCUGCUGAGCGCUUCCCGCUCGUGCCCACUUCUCCACGCAGGAUGCUUACGCGCAGCCAAGACACGCUCCCUCCGGGCUCGGAGCAGCACGAGAAGAGCCCGUCCCCGGCCAUGUCUCGUUCGCGGGGUUGGGACUCUCCCAUCCCCAUGGACCGGGGCGAGUUGGAGGUGGCCAGCCCCACUUUGAGGAGCCGCCCUGUCACCCGCAGCAUGGGGCAGGGGGACAACAUGGAGGUGCCAUCCAGUCCUCUCCGCAAAGCCAAGCGGGCACGGCUCUGCUCUUCCAGCAGCUCGGACACUUCUUUGAGGAGCUUCUUUGACCCCAGCUCACAGCAUCGUGACUGGUGUCCCUGGGUCAACGCAGUGGAGGGAGGGGAAGCCCUGGAGGACACAGCAACGCAGAUGGAGAAGGAGCCUGCGAAGGCAGAGCCAGGCUGGCGAGUGGUACUGAACACGCUCCUCGCCACCAGAAAGUGCGACAGAGUGCCUGAGACGGAGCCUGUGAGUCUCUCGGUGAAGUCCUGCAAGGUGUUCCGCAUUUUCCGGCAGUGGGAGAGCAUGAAUUCCUCCUGA